GCUGCAGGCGCCGGGCCUGGGCCAGCAGGGCAGCUGCGACCCGAGCGCUCUCCGGGCGGCGAGCUGGGGGUGCGCCCGGACCCCUGCCCCCGGGAUCAUGGGGAAUGGCAUGACCAAGGUACUUCCUGGACUCUACCUCGGAAACUUCAUUGAUGCCAAAGACCCUGACCAGCUGGGCCGGAACAAGAUCACACACAUCAUCUCUAUCCACGAGUCACCCCAGCCUCUGCUGCAGGACAUAACCUACCUUCGCAUCCCUGUGGCGGACACCCCUGAGGUACCCAUCAAAAAGCACUUCAAAGAAUGUAUCAACUUCAUCCACUGUUGCCGCCUCAAUGGGGGGAACUGCCUUGUGCACUGCUUUGCAGGCAUCUCCCGCAGCACCACCAUCGUGACGGCAUAUGUGAUGACUGUGACGGGGCUAGGCUGGCGGGACGUGCUUGAAGCCAUCAAGGCCACCCGGCCUAUCGCCAACCCCAACCCAGGCUUUAGGCAGCAGCUUGAAGAGUUUGGCUGGGGCAGUGCCCGGAAGCUCCGCCGGCAGCUGGAGGAGCGCUUCGGAGAGAGCCCUUUCCGCGACGAGGAGGAGGUGCGCGCGCUGCUGCCGCUCUGCAAGCGCUGCCGGCCGGGCCCUGCGCCCGCGCCCCCCGCGCCCCCCGCGUCCCCCGCGCCGCGCUCGGCGGCCUCCGAGGGAGCCCUGCAGCGCCUGGUGCCGCGGCCGCCCCGCGAGGCCCACCGGCCGCUGCCCCUGCUGGCGCGCGUCAAGCAGACUUUCUCUUGCCUCCCGCGGUGUCUGUCCCGCAAAGGCGGCAAGUGAGGAUCCCGGCCCGCCCUGGCGCCCCUCUUCCUUCCGACCGGUCCCCCACCCCCAUCCCCACCCUCGGGGCUGCCUGGGCCUCCCACGGCCUCCAGGACAGACCCGGAGCCUGCGGGAGCCCCGCGGUGGCCUGAGCCCUGCCCCUGCCCCUGCCCCUGAUGCCCGCCCUGCUUGUCUGCGUCUGCAGUCUGUGUGUCCUCCAUCCGUGCGUCUCUGUGUCUGGGCCGGGCCUGCUGCAGCCACUUGGUGCCUUAGUCCUUGGGCUGGGGGGAGGGGGCACCCGGGCCUCCACCC